AUGACCAAACAACUAUACCUUACUUCCCUGUUAGAUCUAUCUCGAAUCAUUGACCUACUACCUGCAAAUGAAGGUCGACUGACAUUGGUCACUUCGUUAAUCCAAGCAUACGGUAUUGACAAACUAGUCAGCGGCAUCAUUCCUAUUCGACGAAUAAAUGCACGCAAAGUAACCAACUAUCAUGAUCAGAACUUCACUGCUUGUUUAUUAAAAGAAAGACAUGAAUUGGAUUGCAGUAGUGAUAUGUAUCAUGAAAUACUGGAAUUAGUUGAGAAGGUUGGACGAAAUGAGCAACUGGAUGAAGAAUCCGAUGAGGAAAUAGAAGGUGAAGGUGAACUCAAUGAUGAAGAAUAUGGAUUAAUGUACGAUUGUUAUCCCUUCCCAUUCAUGUCCCACUAUAUUAUACUCACUGCAUCCUCAACAAUAGCCACCGCACAACAAUUAAUUACUCAUCCCAACUCGGUUGCCGUGAAUUACUAUGGGGGUCGUCAUCAUUGCGGGAAACGGAAAGCAGCGGGAUUUUGUUAUGUAAAUGAUAUCAUACUUGGAAUAAGCCAUCUUCGACAAGCAUAUAAGCGGAUUUUCUACCUUGAUUUGGAUUUACACCAUGGAGAUGGGGUUGAAAGGGGAUACUUUCAAUCGAGAAACGUGGGUACAUGUUCGAUACAUCGGUACGAUAAAGGGUUUUAUCCUGGCACAGGUAGCCUUGAAAGUUCAGACAAGUAUAGGUAUAAUGUGCCCACGCGACAUGGCCUAAGUGAUGAGAGUAUGUUAUUUAUUAUACGCGAGAUUGUCAUUCCCAUUAUGCACAAGUUUUCUCCGCAAUGUAUAGUGAUUCAAGCUGGAUGUGAUGGAUUAGCUACGGAUGUUCAUCAUGAAUGGAAUAUGACAAUUUCUGGGUUCUGCCAAGUGAUUAAAACAGUAUUAGACGAAUUUGAUGUUUCAACAAUGAUAUUAGGUGGUGGUGGGUAUAAUCAUACAGAAGUAGCAAAGUGUUGGACUUAUUUGGCUGCAAGUAUACUUGGUAGAGAAGAUGUUAUAGAUCGGGAGGAAUAUAUUCCUGAACAUUCGCAUUUGGAUGAUUAUGAGAAGGAUGGGUUUCAGUUUUGGACUGAAUCCAAUAGGAAACCGUACAAAAUGAAGGAUGAUAAUGAUAUAGAAUAUUUACAGUAUAUGAGGGAGUAUUUGUUAGCAAUAGACUGA